CUUAAUUUAAUUUUAACCCGAAUUGAAUUAAUGACGUCAUGUGAUUAAUGUAACCUCAUUUAAUAGAUAAGACUUUUGAUGUUGCAGUAGCAUUGACGAGAGAAAUUGCAAUUUGCAUGUAGCUUGAUAAAGAUAGCAUUUGUGAUGGUAAUGGUCAAAAGGAGCGAGAGUAAGAAUCUGAAAUGGAAGAGAACGUGAAAUUGACAGUGCCUCCGUUCACCGCACAACAAGAAAAACCCUUUUUUCUAAUCACUUAUUUGUACAUUGGCCACUUCUUAGCAAGAUGGGGUGCCAGAAUGUGGGAAUUUUCUGUUGGUUUAUACAUGAUCAAUAUUUGGCAAGAGUCGUUGCUCUAUGCAGCAAUAUAUGGUGCCGUUGAAUCUGCCUCCAUUGCAGUGUUUGGUCCCAUAAUUGGAAGAUGGGUUGAUAAGUUGUCUUGUGUGAAGGUUUUGCAAUUGUGGUUGUUGACACAAAAUCUUUCUUUUGUUAUUGCUGGGGCCUCUGUAGUUGCCUUACUCGUCCACUCAUCUUUGAAGUUUACUCAUUUUUCUGUUUUCAUAUUGCUGGUGUUGAUAAUCAAUGUAUGUGGUGGCAUUGGUGUGCUUUCAACUCUUGCCGGUACAAUCUUGAUUGAAAGAGAAUGGUUGUUAGUUAUAUCUGAAGACCAACCUCCAGAAUUGCUUACAAAGAUGAAUUCAGUAACGAGACGCAUCGACCUAACAUGCAAGCUUCUUGCUCCUGUUGUUACUGGGUUCAUAAUAAGUUUUGUAUCACUGAAAGCAUCUGCUAUAACUUUAGCAGUGUGGAAUACAGUGUCUGUUUGGGUGGAGUAUUGGCUUUUCACAUCUGUGUAUAACGGGAUUCCAGCUUUGGCCCAAAGUAGCCAAAGGAGGAUGGCAAGACUUUCACAAUGUGAUCUGCAAAUGAACAAUAAAACUUUGGAGGAAGAUAGCUUGCUUCCUGUUACUGAUGAUAGCUCAAAAUUGGAAGAUAGUAAAUGCAGUAGAAAAACUUCUGAAAAGAUUUUAGAGCUUCCUUAUGUUGCUGCAUGGAGAGUUUAUCUACAGCAAGAAGUUGCCCUUCCUGGACUUGCUCUGGCUUUGCUAUUUUUCACUGUACUCAGCUUUGGAACUUUGAUGACAGCCACCUUAGAAUGGGAAGGCAUACCUGCAUAUGUUAUUGGAAUAGCAAGAGGAAUUAGUGCUGUGGUUGGAAUAGUUGCAACGGUUUUAUAUCCUGUACUACAUUCUCAAAUAUCAACUAUUAGAACUGGACUUUGGUCGAUAUGGUCACAGUGGACUUGUCUCCUUCCAUGUGUAGCUGCAAUAUGGAUCAAAAAUGGCUUUCUAUCAUCAUCUAUUCUGAUGGGAAGUGUAGCCAUAUCUCGGCUUGGAUUGUGGAUGUUUGAUUUGUCUGUACUUCAACAAAUGCAGGAUUUUGUUUCCGAAUCCGAUCGUUUGAUUGUUGGAGGUGUUCAAAGUUCGCUUCAGUCUUUGAUGGAUUUAUUGGCCUAUGUUAUGGGAAUCAUAAUAUCUGAUCCAAGGGACUUCUGGAAGUUGACUUUAUUAUCAUUUCUGUCAGUCACAUUAGCUGCAUUCCUGUACUGCUUCCAUGCAUACCAUGUACGAAAGCACCUCUUCCACUUUGACCAACUAUUGUGGGGUAAAUGUUUUGUAAGAGCAUCUUAAGUUGUGAAGGCCAAUUUGUUAGGUACAAGUUUUGUAUUAACCUUUCAUACCAUUUGAAAAUAUGUCUAUACACAAGUGGUACAGUGUUAGUGUUUGAACUGCUCUUUGGAAUUUAAGAGAGCACCCUUUUUGCAUAAGAAUUGACCUCAACAAUUAAUUCACCGCAUAAUUAAUAGAGAAAGUUUAUGACCAAAUUACUAAUUAUGCAUCAGGAUAUGACACUGGUCAACUUGAAUGAA